ACCAGUCAAGCCGUAGUUCCGGUGUGACCCGACAGCGACAACAUCACUGACGUUUUAUAGAAGUCAUCUGCGUUUCAUUCACCCCUAAGCUCCUGGAAACCAUGUCAGCGUCGGGAUUUGUGUUGGUGGUCCUCGCAGUGUGUCUGUGGCCCGGAGACUCCAGGUUUAUUAUUGACCCAUUAUCAUUCGUUGGACGUGAACAUUUGAAGUUGGAUGUCUGUCCAGAAUGCAGCCAAAUCAUCCAGCUGUCCGCCAACAUGAUUUCCAGCAGUGAUACUAAAGUGACUCUGUAUGAAACCUUGCAUGCUUUGUGCCAGCGCCUACCAAACGAACAGGCAUCACAGUGUGAGUCACAGGUGAAGAUAUACCUGCCAAAAGUCCUUCAACAAACACCUGCUCACUUGAAACCAGAGGAGAUCUGCAUGGUUUUUGGACUUUGUGUUUCCCAUGAGAAGGCAGAACCUCAAAAACUUGCUGAUCACACUGUAGACCAAAGCUCAUCCAGCUCUGCACUAGGCUCUGCCACCAAGACCCAAGAGCUGUUCAGCCCAGUUUGCACCCUGUGUUUGUUUAUUAUGAAGAAGCUGGAGACCCUGCUGCCUAAAAACAUGACCGAGGAUGCUUUAAUGAAGCUCAUGGAAGAGGUCUGUGAUCUUGUACCUAAAAGCUACAAAGACCAGUGUGAUGACUUUGUCGACAAAUAUGGUGCAGAGAUUGUGGAAUUCCUUUUAUCAUCAGCUGCACCUCACACGAUCUGCACCCUUUUGCACCUGUGUUUGUUUGGAGAGCAGACUGUACCAGAGGUCCUCCCCCCCUCAGACUGCGAGUCAUGCCGAACGCUGGCUGCACUGAGCCGCCUGCACCUGGGAGUCAAUGCAACUGAACAUCAGACGUCAGCCUUCCUGCAGUCUGUGUGCAUCCAUCACCCAAAUGCCAUCCCCAAGUGUGAAGCUUUCACUAAAAUCUAUGGGUCUCAGCUGCAGAGGGUUUUGGGAAACCAGAUGGAUCUUCCACAUGUUUGUGAAAGAGCCGAUAUGUGCAUUUCAAAGGUGGAGCCUUUGAGAAAGGUUCCCUGUAUUUGGGGACCAAGCUACUGGUGCAAAGACUUGAAAACUGCACAGAAAUGUGGGAAUCAGACCUUCUGUAAGAAAUACAUGUGGAAGAAAUGAGUCCUGCCAAACUGAGUGCAGCUCUGAGACUGCACACAAUGUACUUAAAUGUUAAAUGUUUUACAAAUGCACUGAUCAACCUUUGUUUUAAUCAUGUCACCUGCUAUUUAAACUAACUCAGCAUAAAUUUUAAUGAUAAAUAUUCCUGUUUGCAUGAAGUAUGACAAGAGUGAAGCUGAAAUUCAGUCUGAAAUAUCUGUUUCUGCAGGGCUUAGUUUGGUGAACCGUGUUAUUCGAUAUUAACAAGCUGUCACUAUGAAUGUACAAACAGAAUGAUAUAACUGUCUGCUAUAAAAGGAGCUUUCAAUGUAUUUUACAGUUUGCUUCUUCUGAUUAUAAUUGCUGGUGUAAAUGACCACUUGCAAAUAAAACUGAAGAUUAAGUUAA